UUCAUGUUUCAUCCCUUAAUUGGUUGAAAUCCAAGAAACCAAGUUGCUGGAUUCGAGAAAAGAGAAUAUGUAGGCUAUCAUAAUGGACUACUAGCUGAAAGACCCAUCUACUUAGAGCCAUUCGAGUACCUCCCCUCAUAAAAGCGGUGGUGCUCCUCGGGGAUCUCAUCAUCACUUCGAAACGCACCAGAGACUUGGCACAAAAGCUCACAGGCGACCACAGGUGUACAGGCACUGUCUCGUGUUACAUCGGCUCCUCGAGAGAUGCGUUUUUACACCUAAGGACACCCACCAGAGCAAGCCUCAAAAAACGUGAAAGCCGAGCGGGAAAGUUGUGCUUCUAAGGGACCGUUCUCGGUCAGUGUUUGGAGUCCGACUCCUCCGUUCCGAGUUUCUGAACAUCCGCGAGGAGGAACAACCAUGAACCGCACUUUCUUCGAGCUUACCCAAAGUGCGCUGUUCAACGGCAGCCAAACUCUUGCCGGUACCCUGGCGAGCUGCUGUAACGGCACCGAUGUGGCGACCAGCGACGGCGGGUCUCUGGUGCUGCAGCAGGACGAGAGGAAACUGUUUAUCAUGCGCGUGGUGCAGAUAGCCGUGCUGUGCGUGCUCUCGCUCACGGUGAUGUUUGGGAUCUUUUUCCUGGGAUGCAACCUGAUGAUCAAGUCGGAGAGUAUGAUCAACUUUCUGGUGAAAGACCGGAGACCUUCCAAAGAUGUGGAAGCGGUGAUGAUCGGACUGAGCUAGAGAGCAUAGAAAUGUUAGCGCGGAGAGAUGAAUGCCUCGGCAUGUCGAAUCUGCAUGCACACAUUGAAAAUGCGCUCUCGGUGUGUUGGUAAGGAAAAUAUUGAUAUGCAAAUAGUAGGAACCCUUUCCGGAAAAAAUAAAUAAAAUCUGCAACAAAAUAUCUACAAGGACAGUGUGCGUAAAGUUUGAGCCAGAAAUUGUUUACACAUCGGCUGGUCUGUAUGUUUUGAUAACCAUAGGGCCAACUUGAACAAAGCAACGAACAUGUUUACAAGAUGUUACCUCAAACUAUUUUAGUAAAUUUCUAAUGAUGAUUAUUGAAUGUUUUUAGCUCAUAAACUCAAAACGCAUGGUAAGCAUUGUGCUGUGGUCGUUCGGAAGAUGAUGUCUUUGGACGUAAUGGACGUGGAUUAUAGUUACAUACAAAAAGUCUUAUUUCUGUAGUACUCAGUGGCAUGUGGGGGAUGCAGUUUUAUUAACCCAAUCACAAUCACAGUGUUUUGCUCCUAUCACGCAUGCGCGGUUCCGGGUCUGUAAGGUGAUCAAAAACGUUUUGCACUUUUGACAAUGCUGCAUGUCUUUUUGUAUGAAUAUAUCUUGACAUCGUGCAGCAUGGUAUUAAAAUAAUGUCUUGAACUGC